AUGGUCUUGACCACUUUUUGUUGGAUGAUAUCAGCUCAACUAAAAACCGUUGCUUCUGUGUACAGCACUUUUGGAUACAACAGCUCAUCGACAUCCGACAUCGGGAGCAAUAAAAUGACCGAAGUCGAAAAAUUUGUUAAUAUUAUUUCUAAUCACCAAAGAGUUAUAAAAGUAUUAAACACGUUUUACGGUAUUAUUCGACCACUCCUUCUUACUCAAAUAGGAUGUAGUGCUACCAUAUUCACUAUUUGUACAUAUAUGUUUGUUUGGAACUGGUUUAAUGAUUCUUUCGUGUUAUCUCUGGUGUCUGCAAAAUGGAUUUCAUCAGCUAUGAUUAUGAUGGCCCACUUGUUCAUUUCUUGUUAUUUCUUUGGAUAUCUCGAUGAUCAAGUAAAAUCUAUGAAUUUUGCCUUGUACAGUAGCAACUGGACUGAAAAGGAUAUCCAAUUUCAAAAGUCGAUUUUGUUGGCCAUGAAUAUGAACAGUGCUAUUAAUAAUAUUUCAAUGAAAUUAACACCUACUAAAAUCGUGAAUCUAGAGAUGUUAGCAAGUGUUAUGCACGUAUCCUAUUCGAUUGUGUCGGUUUUAGCAAAGAAAGAAUUAUCCGACGGCCGUUAACAAAUUACAGAAUUAUAGGAAUAAUAAUCACUCGAUAAUGCACACUCACGUGGAACUAACUAAAU